GUCUCAUUUAGCACCUUUCACAAUGUUAUCAACUGAAGGUGGAACUAACUAUAGUAAUUUGGUUAAAACAACUAUUUGGAUCAUAUAGAACUACAUCGAACCUCGAUACUUUUUUGUGCGACUUGAUGGAUGUAAUAUUUGGAUAUACGGAUUGAAAUUGAAGCUGAUUCACAUGUAGAAGAAAGUUCUUCGAAAGCUAGUGAUCAGCUAUGGUUUUUCAUAAAGAUUCAUAUGUAGUGAAUAAAGGUCCAAUCCAAUUGCAAAAUGUUGUUGGAGACUCAUGCACGGUAUGUGUCUCAGAAGACUUUGAAAAUAAGGAUGGAGGUUGUGUUUGCAUGCGAAAAAUGUAUGUCGCCGCUCUUGCAUCACUUAUUAUGGCUGUGGCUAUGGGAUUUGCUACAGGCUGGUCCGCUCCUGCUACCUAUGAUAUGACUACAAACUUGGAUAGUCCUGUUAAUCCUUCCGAAACAGAAGUAGCAUGGAUAGGAAGCACAAUAGCUUUAGGAGCGAUGGCAGGAGGAAUUUUUUCAGGUCCUUUAGCUGAUAAAAUUGGCAGGAAAGAUAUCUUGAUAUUCAACAUCGUUCCGUUCUUAACUGGAUGGCUUCUAAUUUCAUUCGCAAAAUCUGUUACCUGGAUCAUCACUGGACGAUUAUUCUGUGGAAUUGCUUGCGGAGUAAUAUCAGUAACUGUGCCCAUGUAUUGUGUUGAAAUUGCAACGCCUGAAGUACGAGGUCUAUUAGGGUCAUCAUAUCAAGGGUUUUUAGUAAUCGGUAGCUUUUUAAGUGCAAUUUUUGGCUCAUAUGUUUCAUGGAUACAUUUAUCUUUGAUUUCAGCCCUAUGUGCAACAAUAGGUCUCAUUUGUUUCAGUACGAUGCCAGAAACACCACGAUGGCUACUUGCAAAGGAUAGAUUAUAUGAUGCCAUCAUUGUAAUGCAAAAUCUUCAAGGACCAUAUGUUAAUGCAGAAGAAGAAUGCAAAAUAAUCUACAAAGAUUUAGGAAAUCAGCCUAAAGGUUCAUUAACUUUAAAAGAAUUCAAGCACCCAACCGUUUUUAAACCAGCAUUACUAUCUGUUGCAUUAAUGUUCUUUCAGCAGUUUUCUGGGGCAAAUUCAAUUCUAUAUUACUCAUCUUCUAUUUUUGAGGUUUCUAAAGAAUUUUUGGAUCCAAAGAAUUCUACAAUUGUUCUCGGUGCUGUGCAAGUUGUAGCAACUUUAAUGGGUAAUUUAGUUGUUGAUAAAGCAGGGAGAAAGUUGUUGCUGAUUCUUUCGGGCUCUAUAAUGGCUAUAAGCUCUGGAGCAUUAGGUGCUUAUUAUUAUGUGUCUAACGAAAACUCUUUGGGCAUAGAAAAGUAUAAUUGGGUACCUCUAACUAGCUUAAUAAUUUUCGUAAUUGCUUUUUCAAUUGGCUAUGGAUCUAUUCCAUGGCUUCUUGUUCCUGAAAUGGUACCUGUAAGAGCUCGAAGCAUCGUUAGUGGUAUAGCUACUAUUGCCAAUGGUCUCUUUGCUUUCUCUGUAACAAAAUCUUUUAGUGAUCUUAGAACUGCUAUUGGGACACAUUUUACAUUUUGGUCUUAUAGUAUAAUAUGUAUUUUAGGAGUGUUUUUUACGGGGUUUCUUGUACCCGAAACGAAAGGAAAGAAACUGGAAGACAUUUCAAAAGUUUUUACUGGAUCCUAAUGUGAUAUUUUACUGGUUUGAUGCGUUGAAUUGAAGAUUCUGUUUAAGAAUUUUCUCAGUGUGGUAUUCUUACCCAUAUCUAAGGGGAACUUGACUGUCAAAAUUUUACUAAGAAAACUACUGUUUACAAUUGAAAUUGGCUUACUACUAGGUGUGCUGAUUACGGCUUAAGCUACGUCAUGUCGGGAUAGUCAUUUUUCAGUUUCAUUUCUACCAUUUGGCAAUGCUAAGUUAUCGUGGCAAACUCCUGAGGAACUGCAAAAGGGCUACAAAAUAAAGUUGCAUCACACAAAUGUUAAAAUUCUUUAGAUGUACAUGCAUACAUAAAUGAAAAUGUUAUAAAUAUAGACAAUGAAAAUGCUAUGGAAGCAUACAAACUUGUAUUAUUAUUCAAAUCUUUAAAUAUUACUGGAACAAAAUUUAUAUGAAUUUAAAUUAUUUCUUUUGAGUAUAUUCAAUCUAUUUUUUUUUUUUUAAUUUUUGCACAGUUUUCCUAUAAAGUCAGGUCACCUUACAUUUUAAAAAAAUAUACAAAGUCAAUUUUAGGUCCUUUUUUCUCUCUGACCAGUGAAAGAUAUUUAUAGAAGAGAAAGACAUUAAUGCAUCUUUAUUGUGAAUUAAUUGAAAAGUUAGAGUUUAUUAUUGAAGAAUAUUUAUUUUAAGUAUUGUAAUUAUUUAUAGUAAACAAAAUAUGUAAUUAAAGUGCCACUGUUUUACUCUUUCAUACGAUUUAAUCAAUAACUUUUAUCUAAGUUAUUUUUCUCUGAAAAUACUUUCUUAUCGCAAUUGAAAAUGAACAUCUCAAUUUCUCUUAGCGAAUCACUGCGGUCCUUAAAUUCGUUUAGUACGUUACCACAGAGAGGCAUUUAUUAUACCGAUUGUAAGUGUAUGUCUGGGAGAGAUUAUUAUGAAAUAUAAUCAUGGAGUUUGAGGCGUGAUGAAAAUUAUAUGGGUCAUUCUCCAGAAAACGUAACUUUUGAACGCAAAUAUUUUUCAAUUUCGAAACCUUUUGUUUUCUUUCUUUUUUUUUUUCAUUCUUACAUGAACGUGUUACCUACUAGAAGUUACCAUAAACAAUGGCCCAUCAGCUAAGUUCCAAUUAUUUUACGUAUAAAUAAAUGAAAAUGAAUAAACGCCUUGUUCACGGAAAUAAAAAAAAUAAUAAAAAUAAACUUUUAAUGUUUAAAAAUCGAGACCAAUUUAAUAUCAAAGUAGUAAUUUUGUUAAUUGGGUGCAAACAAUGAGCUAUUUUAAUGGUCUAGUAUUAAACUCUCUUAAUUAAAGUGCGGCUUAAUCUUAGUUAUCCUUUUUGUUCAAAUAUGUGUUACAAAAUAGUACUUUUGUAAAUCUAUAUCUGUACUAAUAAUAUAAAACAGUAUAAUUAAAGUGCGGCUUAAUCUUAGUUAUCCUUUUUGUUCAAAUGUGUGUUACAAAAUUGUACUUUUGUAAAUCUAUAUCUGUACUAAUAAUAUAAAACAGUAGAGUUUGUUUGUUUGAACGUGCUAAUCUCAGGAACUACUGGUUUUAAUUGAAAAAUUCUUUUUGUGUUGAAUAGUCCAUUCACUGAGGAAGGCUAUAGGCUAUAUAACAUCACGCUAUGACUAAUAGGAGUGGAGCAGCUAUAAAAAUAUUACGAAAAACGGGAAAUUUAUACUAUAAUAUAAAAUGCUUAAAAGCAUGCGUAGCCACGGUGGUUCGAACUGAAAAUGCGGGUUUCGUGAUCCAGUGAGUGUUGGUUCGAGUCAACCAUGAGGCAAAUUUCGAGUGCACUUUUUAGAGAAUAUCCUAAAAAAUGCUAAAAAUGAUUUGUAAAAAAAGUUUAUUUGACGCAUCAUUGUCUUAUUUUUCUUAUUAAUUAUUUAAUUAAAAAAGCUGAACAGUUUGUUUGUUUGAACGCGCUCAUAUCAGGAACUACUGGUUCGAAAAAAAAAAUUAUUUUUGUCUUGAAUAGUCCAUUCAUUGAGGAAGGCUAUAAGGCUAUAUAAAAUUACGCUAUGACUAAUAGUAGUGCAGCCGCAAUAAAAAAAUGUUAUGAAAAUGAGAAAAUUUAUUUCUGUACUAAUAUUAUAAAGCUGAAAAAUUUGUCUAUUUGAGCGCGCUAAUUUCGGGAACUACUGGUACGAAUUGAGAAGUUCUUCUCGUGUUGAAAAGUCCAUUUAUUGAGGAAGGCUAUAGGCUAUUUUUUUUAAAACCAGAUUGAGCGAAAUAUUUGUUAUUGCAAAUUAAAUGUUUGAUUAAUUGUUUAGUUCUAUGAAUUCCUAAUAGAUGGCGGGGUAUGUUUAGUUCUAUGAAUUCCUAAUUGAUGGUGGGGUAAGUGAACUCUUCGAGAGGGCGCUGGCCGACAGUGUGGUUAGCUGCGAGGAACCAUGCCCAGGCUACGCUCUGUUGUGAUCAGUGAACAGAUUUUUGAAUGCAUUUUUUUUUCGAUGUUCAGGCACAUAAUUUUUUUUUGUAGGAUUUUUCUAUUGGAUUUCGUUUUUUUUUUAAUUUUUAUUUCUUCAACGUUUGUUUUUGUUUUUAUAGUUGAAGAUAGUUACAUAUCUAAGUAAAUAAUUUGAUUUUUCUUAUUAUUCAAUUGUGAUUGUUUUUUUAUAACGUCUUUAAUAUAGCAUAGUUCAUUUGGUGAAAAACUUGAAAUUUGCAGGGAGAAAAAACCGCUUCACUCACUAAAGGGCAGGGCUACGAUAGCGUGGUUACUUGGCGCGUUAAGCGAUGAACUAUGUGGUUGAAGAAUUAUUUUGAGUUUUCAAACUACUGUUAAUCUUUUUAUGUGUUUUGUUGAAUAGUUUUAAAUUUCAGAGAGACUUUAAUAGGUCUUUUGAAAAAGUGUGUACGCAUUUUAAUUGAAGAAAAAUGAUCAUUUAACAUCAGAAGAGGGGCGGGGGAAGGGGGCUUGGAUUUUUUUUGUUCAACGGAUUUCCGUUAACUUCUUAUCACGGGCAUUUCCGUGCGGGCACUGCUAGUUUGAGAAUACACUGGCAGCUUAUAAUUUUGGUAGAAUGCCUAUUAUUGAUGUAUUUACAAUCCAUCUUUUUUUUUACACCUCACAAAUAACGACAUUGAUAAGGUCUGUCACGGAGGUGAAAUUCACGGAGGUGAGUAAUUUUCCAUUAAUGUAGGCCUAAUGGAUACAUUUUUCAGGGAAAUAUUUUUUUUUUUCAUCGUUGCUACUAUCUGCCCAUAUUACGCUUAUGAAAACAUAUUCACUUAAAUUAUCAUUAAUGAGGAAUGGCAUAUUGUGUUUAGGUAGCGAACGUGAGAAUUUAUUGUGUGACAUAACUCCUUAUCCUUCUAAAACGAACUAAAACACAAUAUUAAACAAUUAAAUAUACUUAAACACUUAGUAUUUGAGACACUUGUGAAAGGAAUAAUAAAUAAAUAAGUAUAUACUUUUAAUGAAACAAGUUAUGAAGCAACAUAACCAGCCACACAAUGUGUGUGACAUGCCACGGAGGUGAGAAUUCAGAUGUUGUGAACCAAAAAUAUAUUAAAAUAAAAAUUAUUAUUAAAAAAUUGUUGGCAAGAUUAAAUAGGUAUAUUUUUUAUGAAAUUAGAAAGCAUCCUUAUAUAUUAUUUCUGUAGCCUGUUUUUUGUCGCUACGCGAGAUCUUCCUCAUUUCCUGAACGAUUUCUUUGAUUUACACCUCAUUUUAAAGCUUAUGUUACAGGCUAAUGACGAAAAACAGACCCAAGGUCUAAAAAUUGCUUUUUACGUCAAAAAGUCUGUUUUAAAGCACCAGACUGAGGUUUUCGGUUAAAUUUAUAAGUUUAACUUGCGCUGUUACCGGUCGAGCUGAAUCGGCAGAGCGUUCAUCUGGUAACCAGAAGAGCGAGUGUUCGGGUCCAGCCCGGACGCUCUGCGUUGAAGAAUUAGACAACCUGCACGCAUUACAUGAACACUUAAAAUACAAUAAACAACACAAGUGAGGCAAAAAAGUAAAUGAGAUGGGAACGCUCCUUGCUGGUAUGAAAUCUUGAUGCAAAAUGUAACUAAAUUAAUUCUUAGUUGUAAGGGUUUUUCUUUUCUUUUCUUUUUUUUUUUUUUUUUUUGCUUUGUUUUUAAAGCUUCGGCUACGGUCAGAAUAUUAAAGCAUAAUAUGAGCGAAAAUAUAAGUAUCAGGUUUAAGAUUUCAGACUACAAUGGAAUAAUAUUUGUUCAGAAAGAAAAAAAAAUCUUGUACUGAAAGGAAGAUUUUUCUAAUGACAAUUUUUGACCCUUUGUACAAAUAAAAAAAAAUACUACUCCAAAUUGAAAUUACGCUUUUCAUUUAGUUAACCUGUGAAUAUUUAUUAGAAUGCGAAGUAAAACAUUAAAAUUACUAACAACUCGAUGGGUAAAAUAUAAUUUGUUUUUCUUCUUUCGGCAAAAAACAAAUAGGCAGUCACAUUUUUACCAUAUUUGAAAAACUACGCUUAAAAAACGAACUUAGUUCAACUGAAUUUGUAUUUUAACCGUUUCGUUAAAUUAUGAACACGUGCUGCCAUCUAAGCUAUAAUGGUUCAAGCAGCCUGUGAUAACAAAUUGUAUAAAUUUUCAAAAAUAAAAACCCUUCUGUUCAAAUAUCUUAUCCUGUAUAUUAUAGUGUGUGCCGGCUAAUGACGAAAAAUUGACCUACGGUCAAAAAAUAAAUUUUUUGGAAACGUCUCUUGCUGUUGCAGAACCUUGAUGCAGCCUGUAAUUCUUAGGCAGUUUUUUUUUUUUUCUUUCUUUUUUUUAAGCGAAAUUCUAAUACAAUUUUCCAAUUUUUUGCUUCGCUUUCGGCGAAAAAAUAAUCACAAUUAACCUGUGUUUUUUUUUAAAUAAAACUUAAAAACACUGGACUUAGUUGUUCGGUUAAACUGAUAAGUUUUUUUCGGUAGAGCGUUCGACUAUAAAUUAGCUGAACUUCGAGUUCGCCCGGGUUGUCCGCGAUUAUAACAAAUUUAGAUUAAUACUACGUAUUACAUGUACUCAUAACAUACAACAGAUAACACACGUAGGGCAAUAAAAUAAAUGCGACAAGGAACGCUCCUUGGCGUUUCGACUCUUUUAUGCAGGCUACAGUUAUUAUUCGGAUAAGUUUACCAUUAAUCGAAGGCUGUUCUUUCUUUUUUUUUAAGCUUUGACUCCGUUCAGAUAACUAAGCAUAAUGUAAGCAUAAAAAAAAAGUAUUACAUUUUAAAAUUUAGACCUCAAGGGAAUCCUUUUUGUUCAGAAAAACUUUUUCAUUGUUUGCUGAAAUGUAGAUUUUUCCAGCAACAGUGUUCAACUUUUUGUAUAAAUAAAAAAUACUACGCCAACUUGAAAUUACGAGUUUCACCCAGUAAACCUUUAACUAUUAAUUCGAAUACGAUGUAAAACAUUAAAAUUAUUAUCAACUUCAUAAGUAAGAAAUCAUUUUCUACUCCUCUGCUUUCGACGGGAAAAAAAAAAAAGCAUUUUGUCUACGUUCGAAAACUUACACUUUAAAAAUGGACUCAACUGUUUUUGGUUUUUAAUUUUAAGUGUUCGAUUAAAAGAAAAACAUGUGCUGGCAUUCAAGCCGUAACGGUUAAAGCAGCCUGUUAUAGGAAAGUGCAUCAAUUUUCAAAAAUAAAAACACUUAUUUUCAAUUUUAUUUAUUAUUUAUCUAGAAUGUUUGUUUCAAUCGCUACGCGAGAUCUUCCUCAUUCCUUAAUCAAAUUCUAUGUUUUACGUAUAAUUUUAAAGCGUAACAUUCUGGCUAAUGACAAAACAUAUAUGCAUGGUCUUUUUUUUUUUGGGGGGGGGGGGUGAAAAGCUUUCCUGCUGUUUUUUAGUACACAUUGCUUCAAUGAAUAGCAUUCGAAAUUCAGCACAUUUGCUCAUUUAGUUGGAGUGUCGGGCUGAUAAUCAGAAUGAUGCGAGUUCGAAUCCGUUCAGAUAAAUACCUGUUUAAUGUUUCUUUUCUUUACGUCAGAGGCUCACAUAGGCAGGAUUGUAUUUGCCACAACCCGUUUUUUCACGUGCACAAUUACUGCUUUUUCACGAGUAGAAACUUUUAAUGAUAUUUCGGUUUGCACUGAAAAUACGUACAACCAAAAAGAGAACGAUGAUCACAUUCUCACAACAUUGUAUUUAACGAGGUUUUGUUACUGAUGUCUUCAAAUGACGUUUUCUUUUGUGUAUGUACUUUUUUCUGUUUACUUUAAUCCGUUUUCUUUUUUCGUUUCUUCUUCAUAAUGUUUUUUCUUUGAAAUUUUUAAAGAGUGGAAUGCCAGAUGAAACGAUUCGAAGCACAGUGUGCAGUUCCUCACGGGUCGGUUAAAUGAAUUGUUCGUUAAAGUUUUUACAGUAAAAGGCGUGUGACAGGAAAGUUUUGAAGAAUGACCCAUAAUAUUUAUUUCUACGAAAUCUCUUUCCCUUUUUCUUUCUUUCAUUUUGUUUUCUUUUAUUUAUUUAUUUAUGUGUAGUGUCAGGAGAAUUGUUUUCAUACGUCAUUCAAGCAUUGUACAAGUUUCGCCAUCAUUACCUUCGAAGGCUAUUGAAACGUAAUCAGAAUGUUAUAAAAUGAGCCUGAAUUCAAUUUAAAAUUGAAAUAAUGUAUUACAUUCAACCAUUCCCAACACCCUAAUUUGAUUUGAAAUAGCAAUUUGCAUCAUAAUAUUUGUAAGCAAUUUCUGAUCUCCCAUCAAAUUACCAGUGCAUUCAUAAUUUAAUGCAUUGGUUUCAGUUCCUCUCUAUGCUUCUUUUCUCUUUUAUUGAAUUUUCAGGUAAGCAGGGAUGCUCACCUGGGAGAGCGGGAGGUGGGGGUUCGCGACGCAGACUGCGCAAUAAAAUUGUUAGGGAAGGGGGGGGUCUUAAGACGUAUUUUUCUCAUUUUGGGGGCUUUUUCUUUGGAGAGUUCUUCGCGAUAUUUAGGAGGGUGCACCCUUUGAUCAAAGGGGGGUGGGCACUGGGCUCCCUUGUGGUUGGUAUGUGUAGCAAAAGUGGCGAAUCAGGUUUUCAAAAUUUAACAGAAAUCGAAUUUUGCUAUUCACUGAGACACGAGACACUUCUAUUGCAAGCCACCACUUCAACUAAAAAGGACUUGACAUUAAAAAUCUUGUAGAAAAUUUUGUUAACAUGAAGCCACGAAAGAAAGCAUUCGAUUAUUGUAUUUUAAUAAAACAAUGUACUUUUGUACUUUUUUAAUAUUUAUUACGUGCUCUAUGUCUCACAUACUUGUUCAAAAUAAAAU